UCUAGGCUUGGAGCAACCGAUGUCAUCUGGGCAAUAUCUGAGUAUUGACGAAGAAAUGGAUGCGAAAAAUAUAAAUGACGAAGAGAUAGUGUCUCUAGUAAAUCUUCCUUUCUCUAAUGAGGAAGACGAAAUUGAAUAA